GUGAAAAGAUUGGAGUGGCUUCUUCAUGGGAUGCUACCAAGUUAAUUUUGAAUGACCAUAUUCCAGAGAUAGAGGAUUUCCGAUGCCAGUUUUUGAAUUCAACAAAAACAAUGAAGUCAAUUGCAAGUCAUGCAACUUCAUCUUGCGUGACUAUAAGAGAUGAUAUCACGCAGUUUGGGUUUACCAUGCCUCUUUUUGAUUUGGACACCGCCAAAGAGGUUAAGGGUUGCUGGUUCUACGCCCAAAUUUGUUCAAUUCUAUCAUUAAAGAAUUGGGCUUACCUGGGAUGUAGUAGUAAAACAUGAUUUAAAAAGCUUAAGUAUGAGGGAGCAUCUCUAUAUUGUCACAGUUGUCGAGAUGUCAAACAGACAGGUAUUUGGCGGUACAUGUUAAAAUUAAUGGUGAAGCAUAGUAAGCAUUUUGUUGAGGUAGUUAUGUGGGAUGAUGUUUCAAGUAAGCUAAUUGGCAAACCAGCAGAUGAUCUAAGUGACAGCCUUAGCUUGGAGACUUUAUCGCCUUCUGAUGUUCAUAAUGAUGUCUUGGAUUUGAUUGGCCGGGAAUUCAUAUUCAAAGUUGGGAAUCGGAAAUUCAAUACCCUUACAAAUCAGAAUGAGUAUACAAUAGCUACGUUUUCUGAAAACGCAGAAAAAAUUAAAGAGCUGAAGGAGUCUGUUCAAGAGGAAGUAUUUGAGGUAU